AGCCAUUGCCAAUUCCAGCAGAAACAGGCAGUGUUUCGACAAGGCACAACAGCCAUGGGCAGUGCUAUACACACUAAUUCACCGUCUCAUCUCGGUCGCUCGUCUCCCCACAAAGAAGAACGCAAGUUCGUCGGCUACAAGCUCCGAAACCAUACCUUGCCCAGCGACUAGAGGCUUAGCUAGCUGAUUCUACACGAACUGACAGCGCUUGGUAUACCGGGCAGGCAUCCAUACUACGACUGAAGUGGUAUUGAUGUGUGUCUUCCUUGUGAUCUCAGACGCCUGUAUGGGUGGCUCUGGGAAUUGGAGCUGGGACAAUGCUUGAGGCCGUAGGAUCAGGCAGAUAAGCGUGUGCCAGAGAGUCGUGUAUUUACCUUCGACUCUCCCUCCACGAUCUCGCAAUCCACCCAUCAUAAAUCACAUCGACCAAUCUGUCUAUCUACUUGUCUUCUCAUAUCUACGCUGCCAUUUACGGUAUACCAUCUGAACCUUUCUCGCAAUGAGUUCCGCCAUAGCAAAAAGCAUGACGAAGAUAUACACCGUCGUUGUACACGGCUUCGUCCUGGAGUAUCACGGGAAAUUCGACCAGGCAAUCGUAGCUCAUCAAGCUUCUAUCGAGUUGCUCGAGAAGCUUAUGCCCACGAUCAAGAAGAACAUGCUCAAGGCACAUCGAAAGAUGUUCGAGCGACAGCUCGAUGUGCUCCGAGAAAGGAAAUCUAUACUCGGGAAAGCGGCUUUGACAAGUCCGCGGUUCGCAGGAGUUCUUAUGCCACCGACCGUACUUAGUGCGGACGCUGAGCUCAAGGCCAAUGGCAGAUCGACAGACCAUGUUCUGAGUAUGGACCAAAAAACUAUCUGCGAAUGGGAAAAUGCAAAGCCUCGCGAUGUGGAUCUCAAGGCGUAUAACAGUACUGCUCCCGAGAACAUCAGAAUUCUUUUCCCAGAAAACGUACCAAAGUUCGCACCCACGCUAAACCCAUCGCUUCCACCAACAGCAUACAGAAUUUCGCAUGGUUCGGAACUUCUCAUGCUCGGUCAGCGCUCUCACUGGAUGUUUGUCAAAGACUCAACUGACACCAGCACAUUGUAUGCUAUGCAGGCGAUAUGGAUGGACGAUGCACCAAUCACCGAAGCUGUUCUUCGACGUGCAGGAGAGUUCUUACCUGCUGCAGGUGCCGUCACUGUCACCAUCAACAGAGUGCCUGGUGGAGGUGCCUACUGGCUGAAGCUACAAAACCCGAGGGUGGGCAUGUGUCUGGAGUUGCCCGACCGAGCCUCAAAGUCAAAGAACUGGUCACCCAGAAGAUUUUCCUACGGCCAUCGCAAAUUUGUGUGGAAGGACACCAGUGAUGGCAAGGUGUUCAGCAAAUUCCAAUGGGACGCUUUGUACGAGACGUCUCGCGAAUGGCCUAAGCAGGGAAGCAAGACUGGAAAGAAGGAGGACGAGGUCGUAGGUGAGCGUCUCUGCUGGGGCGUGAACCACGGAGGUACUCACGCCAAUCAUACCAUCUACAUUGCCGGUGGAGUGGAUCAACAUUUCAGGGAGCAUAUGCUUGCUAGUCAGCUGGCACGAUAUCUGUGCAAGACCUAUCCUUCGGCCAAAGAGCCUAGUAAGACUACAGCAGCAGCGGGCGUUGUUGGGAUGCUUUCAGUCGGUGCCUCACUGUUCUUAUAAGUAGCCAACUUGUAUUAGUUGCGCACUGUAUGAAGCUUCGAGAAAC